AGCGCUUAGUUCAUUAUCAUAACUCUGUUUCGUCACUUUCUUUGGCGCGAAAUACUUCUAGUCAAUUAGGAGUUUUUUUGUUUUCCGGGGAGCCCACCGUCGUUUUUCUUCCACAUAAGCUAAUAAGUGAAGUUAUUACUUUACGGAAGCUUACCGCCAAGGUGUUUUUCAACAAAAUGAUUGGACAAAAAACUAUCAACUCGUUUUUUUCGCCUGUCUCGAAAAAAAGAGUUUCUACGGAUAUAAAUGAAGCCGAGGAGGAUGCCAAAGACCCGAAGAAGCGGAGGUCCUCGGCGAUGGAGCCAGAGGCUUCCAGCCUCCCUCUUGCUCCUCUGUCCCCGGAGCAGCUUGAUAGGAUAGCCCGCAACAAGAGAGCAGCGCUGGAGAAACUCCACUCUUCCGCUCAGACACCUCCAGGGUUUGGGGGAAGCUGGCGAGAGGGACUGUCGGGAGAAUUUCGAAAGCCCUACUUUAAAAGAUUGAUGGAUUUUGUUUCCGAAGAGAGGAAACGCCACACUGUGUACCCACCUGCUGAACAUGUCUUCACCUGGACUCAGAUGUGUGAAAUCCAAGAUGUGAAAGUGGUGAUUCUUGGCCAGGAUCCGUAUCAUGGUCCUAACCAGGCCCAUGGAUUGUGCUUUAGUGUAAAAAGACCCGUGCAUCCCCCACCCAGUUUGGGGAACAUGUACAAAGAGCUGGAGACGGACAUUGAAGGCUUUCAGCACCCUGGACACGGAGAUCUGACCGGGUGGUCUAAACAAGGUGUGUUGUUGCUCAACGCUGUGUUGACCGUCCGAGCGCACCAGGCCAACUCCCACAAAGACCAAGGCUGGGAGACCUUCACCGACGCUGUGGUGCACUGGCUCAGCAACAACCUGGAAGGCCUCGUCUUCAUGCUGUGGGGAUCGUAUGCUCAGAAGAAGGGAGCCGCUAUUGACAGGAAACGCCACCACGUCCUGCAGGCUGUGCAUCCUUCUCCCUUGUCCGCUCAUAGAGGAUUUUUUGGGUGCAGGCAUUUCUCAAAGGCCAACGAGCUGCUAAAUAAAUCCGGAAAGUCUCCCAUAAACUGGAAGGCACUUUAAGUUGCUGUUCAUGUUUUCUAACAUGUAUGUUGGUUAACUACAGACCAAAACCACCCAUAAGCUUUAAUUUCCUGUUCAUUUCUUUAUAAAAAAAAGAGUUCAUGUUGGCAGUUUGAACUGUUAUUUUUCGCUGUACACUGAAUUUUCUUACGUGCCUUUUCUCAAA